AUGCAGCGGAUCUUCCUGAGCUCGCCUGCGGAUUGGCGACUUGGACCAGCAGCUUAUCGCUACACGAUCAUUGGCCCUGAUCCCCUUGCCACGUUGUUAUUGGUCAGUGCUCUCCGACCAGCACGGACAGACCCCGAAAGACGCUGGACUCAGUCUCCAGGCCCGCAGACUGGACAGUCGCCGCCUCUCCAGGGCGAUGUUCCCGCCGCCGCAACAUCGGGCAAACUGGAACCCGCCUGGAGUCGAUUAUGCGGAUCUUUUGCUGACCGACCGUUGAAAUUGGAGUUCCUCGACGCCUCUGCACGGGAUCCAAGCCCUGUCAACCUCCCGGACAGAUAA